AUGCCAGUACAGCAGAUAACUGUGGUGCCGGCCAAGGAGACGGCCAACAACGGCAAGAGUGCUCCUCGCUCCAAAGACAAGAACGAGGGAAGGAAAGCCCCCGGGCGAUCAGGGAGUCGAUCCAGCAACAUCUCCAAGGUAACCACUGAUUAUCAGGCAGCUCUAAGGGACGGACUCAGGGUAACAGUUCAUUGUGUUCAGAUCUCUUGGUUGUUUCAGGCCAGCAACUCUACAACAGGAGUCACCACAGCCUCGAAGACGUCCAUCAGCCCGUCUUCUCAGGACAUUUGCAGGAUCUGCCACUGUGAGGGCGAUGAGGAGUUCCCUCUCAUCAUGCCCUGUCGCUGCACCGGUUCCCUGAGCUUCGUGCACCGGGCUUGUCUCAACCAGUGGAUCAAAUCCUCCGACACCCGCUGCUGUGAACUCUGCAAGUUCGACUUCAUCAUGGAGACGUCGCUCAAGCCGCUACGCAAGUGGGAGAAACUACAAAUGACGACGGGCGAGCGGAGAAAGAUCUUCUGCUCGGUGUUGUUUCACCUGAUAGCGAUAGCGUGCAUGUUGUGGUCGGUCUACAUCCUGGUUAAGAGAACUGCUGAGGAGAUCCGACUUGGGAAGGACGGUGUGCUGGAGUGGCCCUUCUGGACCAAGCUGAUCGUUGUAGCCAUCGGCUUCACGGGCGGCCUCAUCUUCAUGUACAUUCAGUGCAAGGUCUACCUGCAGCUGUGGCGCCGCCUCAAGGCCUUCAACCGCAUCAUCACCGUGCAGAACUGCCCCGAGAAGGACCAGCACCACCCACAGGGCCAGGCCGACGCCCUCUUCAACGGCGGGCACGAAACCGUGGAGGUCCCGGUCAGCCCGGCCCCCGUCCCGGCUCUGCCUUCACAGGUGGACUCGGACAUGUCAGUGGAGGCGGCUCUAGCACCGGCAAACAACCCCGUCUGA